CGCAAGCUGUGAUCAUCGGGACCGUGGCACGUUCGUUUCCAGACAUGCCGGGUUUGGUAAAGUCAUCACAAUUAUCACAUGAAGCGCCCGCCCCGCUGAGCAGCGACGUCGUGCGGGCAAAGCCGAGUGUCGCCUCUCUCCUCGCUGCACUCGCUCGCGAACGCAACUCGCCGCUGUCAAGCACGCCUCCCUGGGCAACGGCUGCGCACCAAAAGUCGGCCAGCUCCCACUGCUCCGUGCUUCGCGAAGCCAUGACCAACCACGGUACCCAUCUCCAGACCGACGCGGUUGUGAACCGAGAUACUGACACCACCAAGAAGUUACCCCCGGUGUGGAGCUGGGAGGUAGAACAUCAAGACAGGAGGAGGGAGGCCCAAGCAGAUGCGGCGGUGCAUGGCGCGCCGCCAUUCCAGGUCGACAGGAAACUGUUGAAGGACAUUGUCCAGGAGAAGAUGAGGAGAGAUGUCGCUCGGAUCCAGUUCCUUGGUGCAGGUACCUUCCACAAGGGAUACCUAAUAACUCUUGUUGACGGCUUCGAGGUCGUCGCUCGUGUCGCUCGGCGAUUCAUGCCAGGACUCAAGACUGAAUCAGAAGUUGCUACCAUGCGCUACCUUCGCGAGCGGGCAAACAUUCCAGUGCCCGACAUCUAUCAUUACGAUGCCAACCCCUUCAAUCGUCUCGGCGGCGAGUACAUCUUGAUGUCAAAGGCAGUUGGCGUGCCAUUAUCGCGCGUAUUUCAUUCGAUGUCGUACACAGAACUCAUGAACCUCAUGGAGAACCUGGCGCUGCUCAUCCUUCCUCUCUACGCGCAUCGCUUCCCCAAGAUCGGCUCUCUCUAUCUCGGGCCGGACCCACAGCCACUGGCACAGUCGUCCUCAUCGGCGCCGACGCCAACAUUGACAAAUCACAUGGUGCGGACACUCAGCAUGACACCUCUUGCACCUCAGAAUGGGCAAGCUGCCCCAGCGCCUCAGACCGAGUUUCACGUCGGCCCCAUCAUCUCAUGGCCCUUCUUCGGCUCCAACAGAGGCGAGCUCGUACACCCGACGGAGAUCAACAGAGGGCCGUGGCAGUCCACGCAGUCUUACAUGCAGUCUUGCGCGGAGCGCGAGAUUACGGGCGUCAAGCUCGAGAACGAGGGCAAGACGGCGCCCCACCGGCUGCACCUCGAUCCCGACGAGAUUAUCUCGUCCCGCCAUCACAAGGUCAACGCGCUCGCGGGAGACGUCUCCGACCAGAGCGACGAGUGGGAUUGGGAGGAGAGCGAGGCCGAGUGGGACGGCCCUGGCUACACGAUGUACCAGGAUUAUCGCCGCAUGCAGCGCACGACCUUCCUCGUCGCCCAUCUUCAGCAGCGCGAAGAGAAGGUCAAGGAGGAGAUGGACCGCUUCGUUCGGAUGAUGGAGCGCCUGGGCGCGUGCAAACGUGAGCAGGCUGACCAAGGCGAGCCGGAGGAGUUCACGCUGGACUGCCACGAUCUCAACCUCGAGAACGUGUUCGUUGAUGAGCACGACGUGUCCAAGAUUACUUGCAUCAUCGACUGGGAAUCUACCACGACCCGGCCGCUCUGGGCGGCAGCACAUGCCCCCGCGUUCCUGCAGACCAGCCCGUUCACGUCAAAGCUCUUCCGUGCGACGAUGGAGAAGCUUGCUUCGCAGCGGCGCACAGUCCUGGUCGACGGACAACCCCGCGAUUUCGGCGCGAUCGUGGCCGAGUGGCUGGAGCAUGAGGCCGCAGGCACGCGCCUGCGGAUGGCGCACCGCUGCAUCGAGUGGGACGGCUGGGAGGAGGGUCUCGUCGAGAGCAUCCUCGGGCCCGAAGAGCAAGAGGGCGACUGGUUCCGGGCGUGGGAGGACGAGAACACCCCGCCCGAGAGCAUAGAUUGCAUCGCCGAGGACGCGUUGUCCGACCCGUCCCCGCAGAGUCCUCUCACGUCCACGAGCCCAACGCUGACGGAGCAAGCGAGCGACGGCGAGGACAGCAGCGGCAAGCGGCGCGGCUCGACGAGUUCCCAAGCGGCCGGCACGAAGAAGAGCCCACGUGGUGCUGCGCCUGUUGCCGCCGCCACCACCAUCACUACCGCCGCCGCCGCCGCCGCCGCCGCAGUCGCGGCACAGCCGGUGAAGGUCGUCGCGGUCGAGAAGGAGAAGGAGCGGAUCCUCGACGAGCGCGGCGACUUUUGUGGCGGGCGCGGGGGCGAGCUUGGACGUCGGCUCGAGGCGUGGCUCGUCGUGAACGGUGACGCCGAGGGCCGCGUCGGGCUCCCGCGCCGCUGGGAGAGUGACGACGCGAUCGGCGGCGACGAGUCGCCGACGUGAGUCCGCGCGCCCGUGUACUUCUCGUCUUCGUCUCAGGCCUGCCAGUCCUUCCAUUUUUGGGUUUGUUACGUUCGCCUUUUCCUGGAUCCGCACGCCCCUGGACUGUCGGAAUACCCCGCUCUUCCUGCACUUUUCUUUUUGUUUCUCGUUCAAGCCAGCUGUGUAUCAUUACGCGAUCUUAUACCAACACCACCACCGACCCGUUCCCAACCCAUUCGUAUAUGUCAAGACCCGCUCUCGCUCCCGUUCAAGCCGUAUAAUUCGUAAAAUAUCUGCUCUCUCAUGUACAGCAUCUUAUUACUACAAUCAUCCGCCUGCGGGUUCCCCCCGCGCCCUGUCCAUAUGUGUAUCACUUAACAGCAUCGAGCAUGCACCGGAGUACAAAGUGUAA